GUCGCUCGCUGCAGGAACAUGGCGGGGUCGGUGGCCGACAGCGACGCCGUGGUGAAAAUGGAUGAUGGGCACUUAAACAACUCCCUGGGUUCUCCAGUUCAAGCCGACGUGUACUUCCCACGACUGAUAGUUCCAUUCUGUGGGCACAUUAAAGGUGGCAUGCGACCAGGCAAGAAGGUAUUAGUGAUGGGCAUCGUAGAUUUCAACCCAGAAAGCUUUGCUAUCAGCUUGACCUGUGGCGACUCGGAAGAUCCCCCUGCAGAUGUGGCAAUUGAACUCAAGGCUGUCUUCACAGAACGGCAGCUCCUCAGAAACUCUUGUAUCUCAGGAGAAAGGGGUGAAGAACAGUCGGCGAUCCCUUACUUCCCGUUUAUCCCAGACCAGCCAUUCAGGGUGGAGAUUCUUUGUGAGCACCCACGUUUCAGAGUAUUUGUGGAUGGACACCAACUUUUUGAUUUUUACCAUCGUAUUCAAACAUUAUCUGCAAUUGAUACCAUAAAGAUCAAUGGGGACCUCCAGAUCACCAAGCUUGGCUGAUGUUUAGAGCGCUUCUAUUUCAAAUCCGAUCAGGUGCCACGACUACAUGACUGUCUGAGAGAAGUGUCCUAGCAAAAUCUGGAGACUUAGAAAGAAAACAAAAACGAAAGGCAG